GUAUUCAUUGUUUUGAUUAAAUUUACUCGCGCAGUUUUGGAAAAUUUUGGUCAGUUUUUGAAACAUUUUUUGACUAUUCAAAUAAACGUAAAUUGUAACCCCAUACUUAACUAUUAUGGAUCCGAAUGACCCAGAGUCAGCAGACUCCUGCAGCCUGACGGAGGAAGAAGUGGAACCAAAGCUCAAAUACGUACGGAUGUCGAACGACCUGAAAAAUAUCCUUAGUGAGGAAGCAGUUAGCUGCAUUGCUGUCCAUGCGAAGUUUCUUUGCCUCGGAACCCACUGGGGAAGGAUACACAUGUUGGAUCACCAGGGAAAUCGCGUCGAUACCCCGAUCAAUAUGCGACAGAACCCACACACCUUGUCGGUGAACAAGAUUUCGGUGGAUAGUAUUGGCGAGCACAUAGCGACUUGCUCCGACGAUGGGAUGGUCAUCAUAAGUGGAUUGUGCACAGACGAGAACAAUCAGAAGCUGAAACUGGAUAAGGCUAUCAAAGCGGUUGAAUUGGACCCGAUGCACCAUAAGUCCGGAUCGGGACGACGCUUUCUGAUAGGCGAUAGCAAGCUAGUUCUAUAUGAAAAAACCUUUUUGAAAGGAUUGAAAUCUACGAUACUGAGUGAUUCUGAAGGACCAAUUACCUCCAUCAGAUGGAAUGGACAGUUUGUUGCGUGGGCAAGCUCAUUGGGUGUUCACGUCUACGACUUAAACGAACGAUGUUCGCUAGGACUGAUUAAAUGGGAAGAACCAAAAGCAGGAAGACUAACCGACUUCCGCUGCAAUAUGAGCUGGUCCAAUCGAACAACCUUGCUCAUCGGAUGGGUGGACACGAUUCGAAUAUGUGUGAUAAGAAAACGGAACCCGAUAGAGGUUUCGACGCGAAAUCUACCAGCCUAUAUUGUAGAUCCCAUGUCAACAUUCCAAACUGAAUUCUACGUGUGCGGUAUUGCGCCCCUAGAGACCCAUCAGCUGGUUGUGCUGGGAUACUCAAAGGAGCGUGAUUCUGAGACGAACAAAGCCCUGCGGCCAAUUUUGUGCGUGCUGCAGUAUAAAACUAGUGACUACAUCGAAAUAUGCACCGAUAGUCUCUCUAUGAGAGGACACCAGGAGUAUAAGUGUGAUGAUUAUCAUCUGGAUUGUCUUGUUGAAGAAAACCAGUAUUUCAUAGUGUCGCCGAAAGAUAUUGUAGUGGCUAGUUUAUAUGAAACGGACGAUCGCGUGCAGUGGCUGAUAGAGCACGGGAAGUUUGAACAAGCCAUGGAGGUGAUAUCAAAAAACGGUGGCAAGUAUUCACUCGUUACGGUCGCUCGGCUCUAUCUGGACCAUCUGCUCUCGUUGCAGCAGUUUGACGAAGCGGCCAAACUGUGCCUGCGUGCUUUCCAGAACGACAAACAGCUGUGGGAGGAAGAGGUUUACAAAUUUGUCAAGGUGAAGCAGCUCCGCUCCGUUAGCAACUACAUUCCACGAUCGGCCGAGUGCAAACUGAACCCGCACGUGUAUGAGAUGGUGCUGUAUGAAUAUCUACAACUGGACCCGGGGGGAUUUCUGCAUCUGGUCAAAGAGUGGCAACCGGGACUGUAUAAUACCAAAGCGGUCAUCAAUGCUAUAAAUGACCACUUCAACAAAAAGGACGCCAAUAUCCUGUUGGAGGCUCUAGCUAUAUUGUAUUCCCAUGAUAAGGAGUACGACAAAGCGUUGACGAUGUAUUUGAAAUUGCAACACAAAGACGUAUUUGAGCUCAUUCGAAAUCACAACCUAUAUUCUGUCAUCAAGGACACGAUAGUGCAAUUAAUCGAAUUAGAUAGUGAUAAAGCAAUUGCCAUGCUGUUAGAGAAAGACAAAAUACCGGCAGAGGAUGUAGUAAAAGAGCUGGAAACCCGAGAAGACUACCUUUAUCGAUACCUGGACGCGUAUGACAAAUCGGACAAUUCUGGGAAAUUCCAUCGAAAACUUGUCAAGCUCUACGCAAAGUACGAUCCCAGCAAAUUGCUUGCAUUCCUAAAACGAUCGAACAAUUACCCUAUACAAGAGGCGUUUGACAUUUGUAAACAGAAGCUGUUCUAUCCGGAAAUGGUUUACCUGCUGGGGCGGAUGGGGAACACCCGAGAAGCGCUAUCGAUAAUUACUCAUAAACUUAAGGACAUUCAGAUGGCGAUGGAAUUCUGCAAGGAGCAUGAUGAUAUGGACCUGUGGAAUGAUUUGAUAAACGAGUCCGUCGAUAAGCCCUUCAUCAUGACAAAGUUGCUGGACGGUAUCGCCGGGUUUAUAAAUCCGGAAAUACUAGUGAAUAAAAUAAGGAAGGGCCAGGAAAUUCCAGGACUGAAAAAUUCUAUUAUUAAAAUGCUGUGUGGAUUUAGUCUUCAGGUUUCGAUACAGGAUGGAUGCAAUCAAAUACUAGUUACUGACUAUUUCAAUAUGCACGAGAGAUUGGCGAAAGUGCAGCAAGGCGCGCUGCCAGUGACGGGGGAAACCACGUGCGGUUUGUGCCGAAGAGAUAUCAUCGUGAAAGAUCAGCCCCGGACUGAGACCGACAUUGUGGUAUUCAAUUGUCGGCAUUUUUUCCACGAAAAUUGCCUACCCGACAAAUAUAGUACAGACUUUUGCACAGUGUGUAAAUCUCACAAACCACCGGACCGAGAAUAUAGCUCCCCAUCUUUGGAUUGGCAAUCCUACGCCUUUGCUCGAGUUGACGAGAGUGACACCAAUUCACCCGGAAACAGCAGCAGCAACGAGCAUCAUCAGCAGUUUCGGCGAUUGGCAACCAAGGUGACCGAUUGGACUGCGGACCUAUGGAUCGAGGUGCUGAGGACGAUCCAGUUUGGCGUCAAGAAAGAAAAUAAUGAUCAUCAAUGCUCUUUUACGCAAAGCAAAGAGAUAGUAGGAAGAAUUUGUUCCCGAAUUUUGGUAUUGGUUCGAGUGCUGUUCGCAUCCAUCCCCAUAAUGACCCAGCAAGGACCUGCCUUUGAUUCCAACUGCAUGACGCUUACGCGUUUCGUGCUGCAGGAACAAAAGAAGUACAAACAAGCCACGGGGGAUCUGUCGCAGCUUCUCAACUGUAUCCAGACGGCCAUCAAGGCCAUCAGCUCAGCUGUCCGCAAAGCAGGAAUUGCCAAGCUCCAAGGAAUCUCAGGAGAUACAAAUGUUCAGGGCGAACAGGUAAAAAAGUUGGAUGUCCUGUCCAAUGAGAUUUUCAUCAACAUGCUGAAGUCCUCGUAUGCCACGUGUCUGCUGGUUUCGGAGGAAAACGAUAAUGUGAUCGAAAUCGAAACCGAGAGGAGAGGCAAAUACGUUGUUACAUUCGAUCCACUCGAUGGCUCCAGCAACAUUGACUGUCUGGUUUCGAUUGGAUCCAUUUUCGGAAUUACUAAACAAGUGAGCGAGGGAACGGAACCGUCCGUUGCGGAUGCUCUGCAGCCUGGUAACAAGAUGGUAGCCGCCGGUUAUGCACUGUACGGCUCAGCUACGAUGAUUGUCCUCAGUUUGGGAGAAGGCGUGCAUGGUUUCAUGUACGACCCUUCGAUCGGAGAGUUUGUUUUGACAGACUACAACCUACGCAUUCCGGAACGCGGUAACAUCUACUCCAUCAACGAAGGAUACUCUUCAACGUGGGACCCUUCGGUGUACAACUACGUCCAGGACAAAAAGGACCCUGCCAAAGGAAAACCAUACGGAGCGCGCUACGUUGGCAGUAUGGUCGCUGAUGUGCACCGCACCAUCAAGUACGGAGGCAUCUUCAUCUAUCCGGCAACGGCUGCCGCGAAAAAUGGAAAGCUCCGACUGCUGUACGAGUGCAACCCGAUGGCCUACAUCGUUACGAAAGCCGGUGGCAAAGCCAGCGCUGGUAAGGAUAAAGAGAUUUUGGAUGUAGUGCCAACAUCGAUUCAUCAGCGUUGUCCCAUUUAUUUGGGCUCGAAAUUAGACGUGGAAGAUGCUCUCAGCUAUAUUAAGUAAGUCCCUGUAAUGUGCCUGUUAUCUAUAAAAUUGUCAUUCGUUUUUUUUUGUAUAUGAUUAUGAAAAAUAUAUGAGAUUUGCUUCUGAA